CUGAGCAGCACCAUGGCGGUUGGCAAGAACAAGCGCCUUACUAAAGGCGGCAAAAAGGGAGCCAAGAAGAAAGUGGUUGAUCCAUUUUCUAAGAAAGAUUGGUAUGAUGUGAAGGCGCCUGCUAUGUUCAAUAUAAGAAAUAUUGGAAAAACACUAGUCACCAGGACUCAAGGAACCAAAAUCGCAUCUGAUGGCCUCAAAGGUCGUGUGUUUGAAGUGAGCCUUGCUGAUCUGCAGAAUGAUGAAGUUGCUUUUAGAAAAUUCAAGCUAAUUACUGAGGAUGUUCAAGGCAAAAACUGCCUGACUAACUUCCAUGGCAUGGAUCUUACUCGUGACAAAAUGUGUUCCAUGGUCAAAAAAUGGCAGACCAUGAUUGAAGCUCAUGUUGAUGUCAAGACUACAGAUGGUUAUUUGCUUCGUCUUUUCUGUGUUGGUUUUACUAAAAAGCGCAACAAUCAGAUAUGGAAGACUUCUUAUGCUCAGCACCAACAGGUCCGCCAAAUCCAGAAAAAGAUGAUGGAAAUCAUGACCCGAGAGGUGCAGACAAUGACUUGAAAGAAGUGGUCAAUA